AUGUCCUCCGCAACCACCGUCACCAAGACCAACAUUGGUGUUUACACCAACCCCAACCAUGACCUGUGGAUCGCCGAGUCGACCCCCAAGGUCGAGGAUGUGCAGGCCGGCCGCGGGCUGAAGCCCGGCGAGGUCACGGUGGAGGUGCGCAGCACGGGCAUCUGCGGCUCCGAUGUGCAUUUCUGGCAUGCGGGCUGCAUUGGCCCUAUGAUUGUCACGGGCGACCAUGUUCUCGGCCACGAAUCCGCCGGUCAGGUUAUUGCGGUCGCGGACGACGUCAAGACGCUCCAGGUGGGCGACCGCGUCGCUAUCGAGCCCAAUAUCAUCUGCAAUGCCUGCGAACCCUGCCUAACGGGCCGCUACAAUGGAUGUGAGAACGUGGCCUUCCUGUCCACCCCGCCCGUCGAUGGCCUGUUGCGCCGCUACGUCAACCACCCGGCCAUCUGGUGCCAUAAGAUCGGCGACAUGAGCUACGAGGACGGUGCUCUCCUGGAGCCGCUCAGCGUGACCCUGGCGGCCGUGGAGCGCAGUGGACUCCGCCUCGGGGACCCGUUGCUGAUCACCGGCGCUGGUCCGAUUGGUCUGAUCAGUCUGCUCAGCGCCCGGGCGGCCGGCGCAUGCCCCAUCGUGAUCACAGAUAUUGACGAGGGUCGGUUGGCGUUCGCCAAGUCGCUCGUGCCGGACGUGCGCACGUACAAGGUGACGAUCGGACAGUCGGCCGAGGAUUGUGCGGCAGGCAUCAUCGACGCCAUGAACGACGGCAAGGGCUCUGGGUCGGACGCGCUGCGCCCGAAGCUCGCCAUCGAGUGCACUGGUGUGGAGAGCAGCGUCAACGCCGCCAUCUGGAGUGUCAAGUUCGGCGGCAAGGUGUUUGUGAUUGGCGUGGGCAAGAACGAGAUGACCAUUCCUUUCAUGCGGCUGAGCACCCAGGAGAUCGACCUGCAGUACCAGUACCGCUACUCCAACACCUGGCCGCGCGCCAUCCGCCUCGUGCAGAACGGUGUCAUCGAGCUGCGCAAGCUCGUCACCCACCGCUACACCCUGGAAGAUGCGCUGAAGGCCUUCGAGACGGCUGCCAACCCGCGCACGGGCGCCAUCAAGGUGCAGAUUAUGAGCUCGGAGGAGGAUGUCCGGGCUGCCUCGGCGGGUCAGUCGAUCUGA